AGCAGGUCCACUAAUACACCACGCUAAUAGGAUUGUGAGGAGGGAUUUAGUCCUCUGAAGCUCCAUUCACAUGUUCAGUCACAGUCAGGUGUUAAAGUCUGAGGAACGGACAUGAAGGACCCGCAGCUCCCAGCCAUCAAAUUGCGACUAUGGCCGAAGCAGAAAGCAAGCAAAAAAUCCAUAGAUGAGGCUCAGAAGGUGGAGAAGACAGCCAAGCCACUGACCUCUGCUGCCAUGUGUGCCUUACCACAGCUGCCCGAAGCAGAGCGAAUGAGGCAGUCACCUUUUGAAAGGGUUGUCUAUGAUAUGGCCCACAACGAAAAGAUCAUAAACGACCUGAUGCUAGGUCGAAGGGUUGGCUUUUAUGAGCUGCGUGGAGAGAUCGGGCAGGGCAACUUCUCGACUGUCAGGCUGGGUAUUCAUGCCUUGACGAAAGAGAGAGUAGCUGUCAAAGUCAUGGACAAGCUGCGUCGGGAGAAGAAGAGCCAGCCUUUGAUCUCCUCAGAAAUCAGCUGCAUGGAGAAACUGUGCCACCCCAACAUAGUGCGUCUUUACGAGGUACUUGAGACCAGCCGGAAAUUGUAUCUGGUGAUGGAGUAUGGCAGCGGUGGAGACCUGUUCUCCCGAAUCACCACCAGGGGGAAGCUAAACGACCUGGAAACGAAGCUGGUUUUUGCACAAGUCAUCUCUGCUGUUAAACACAUGCAUGACAACAACAUUGUCCACAGAGACCUGAAGGCAGAAAACAUCUUCUACACCACCAGCUACUGCAUCAAGGUUGGCGAUUUUGGCUUCAGCACUGAGAGUAGCUCUGAGGAGCUGCUCACUAAUUUCUGUGGCUCUCCACCUUAUGCUGCUCCUGAACUUUUUAAGGAAAAAGGCUAUAUUGGACGCUAUUCUGAUAUUUGGGCUUUAGGUAUUCUCCUGUACUUCAUCGUUACGGCCACUAUGCCCUUUUAUGGGGACAACCUGGGAAGGCUGAAACGCUGCAUCCUGCAGGGGGCUUACAGUAUCCCUUCUUAUGUGCCCGAUCCCUGCCAGCUGGUCAUUAAGGGCAUGCUGCGGCCUGUGCCUAGCGAUCGCUCCUCUCUCGCACAGAUUACAACCAGUACCUGGCUGAGAGGGAUUGAGUACCCUCAUCCGUAUGUCUUGUUGCCCACAUCACCGGCCCACUUUGCCCAGGCCAGCCAGGCUCUGUGUGUGGAGGAGCAGGAGGUGAAGAGUUUGCUGUCAGAUCUAGGUAUAGUGACAGUCCACUUCCAAAAUAAUCCCUGUUCAGACUGUAGGAGCCCUUUGACGGGGACCUACCGGAUCCUUCUUCAUCGGGUCCAGAAGAGAAGGUCAGUGGAAGCUGUGGGUUAUUCAGCGCUUCACCCUGAUGAUUACAGGAGCCCUAAGAUGUGGUCUGCAGCAUCUGUGGACAAACACACUCCUUCUGCUGUCUGUGCUAUACUGUGAUGAAAAAUAACUGGACUGCUUUAGUUGUAGCUACACAAGCACAGGUAAAUGCAUGUUUCCCCAUUUGCUAGUAAAGCUGAGGUGUUCACUGGACUGAAAUGGUAUGCACACAGAGCUUGAGGUCAAAGUGGGAGGGUUCUUCUGCACCACUGUUUAAGUAAAUUAUAGCUCACAGACUAGGGCACCUCUCUUAAGUAAUUAGCCAUGGCUUUCUGUUCUGAUUAUAUCACCAACAACAGGCUUACUGACGCAAAACAUUCAUCAGUCACUGUAUGGCUAUUAGCAUCUUUCAA